AUGAAGCCAAGCAGAUCAGAUAAGGGACAAAGCAAUUCUUUGCCUAUCUUGAAAGCAAAGGUGGUGUCCGGAGACUGCCUGAAGGAAGAGCUCACGUCAGCAGGCCUGCAUCAGGAGCUCAGGCAGGUAGUCGACAUGGAAGGGUCAUACUUCAUGGCAUCCGAGCGUCUGGUUUGUGGGAAAUGCAAGCGGAAAUGGAUUAGCUGGAGUCAUGAUGUAGUGUCACAACUUGAUAUAGGUCAUAGAGUCCAGUUCCCUUGCAUUCUUGCAUCACAGGUGGCUUGUGACAUGAAGGUCGUUCACUUUAACCGUCAGAGACAUUUGGGGCCCAGCGUCACCCAAAUCCAGAAGAAAAUGGAGGAACAUCACACUGAGGUUUGGCUGCAAAAGACCGUUCAGUAUCUAACAGAUUGCAGAAGCUUUGCCCAUCCUGCACAGUUUCAAGAUCCACCCGCCAUGCCUCCCCUUCCCAAACAUUGUUGGUUGAGGCAAGUGUUCGCCCUGGACAUACUUCACCGAAUGAAUGAGAUCAAGGCCAGCAUAACCUCCAAGUUUGGUCGUGUGCUAAAGAUGGGUUCCACCAAAGAGUGUCUCAGGAACUUCUCAGGAACUUGGACGACCAGUGUUGCCAAUGAACACGGGCAUGUUAUCAUGUCGGUGCUUACAGAAAACAAAGAGUCUGGUCUUGAGGGGAUGAUCUCCGGUGUCAUAAAUAGGUACAAGGAAGCCGCAGAGGCUCCUCCUGAAGUUCUGUAUGCCAAUGGAGACUGCUGUGGGUCCAACUCUCUCAGAAAAGCAUUCAAAGAGUGGAAGGACAUGGAGGUCAGGUUGAACAUCUCGGAGUUCAUGCAAAGGAUUUCUGUGGGCUGCACGUCAGAGUCCCAUCAGAUAUACGCGACAUUCAGGGACCGCCUCACCCAUUGUAUUUUCGAAUGGGAUGAGGAGGACCUGAAGCAGCUGAAGGAGGCGAAGCAUAAUGAGCUCAAUUCCGAUAUCGUCCAGCCUUCUGAUGAUGAACUAAUGCAUCACCUCAGCAGAAGCGAGUUGGCCCUCCACUGUAGACGAACCACGCGUGAUGUAAGGGAGAUCGAAGAACUCAUCACAGCACUCAUUCGGCUCUAUGAUGGGGAGGCUGGAUGGGACUCAUCAGGAGUGCCUCUCUUCAGUUCCAAUAUAAUGGCUGAGAUAUGGGAUUCCCAGAAGAAACAUUUGCCGUGUAUAGUGGAUCCUCUUGGUGUACAACUGUAUGAGCAGACUGGGACACUGGUGAAGGGAGGCCACCUUCUGCCAACCUACAAAUGUUUCAGAGGUUCCACCUCCAUUGAAUCCUUCCACCAGCAUCUGAACCAGCUCAUUCCAGGGGUGCCAGCUUGUUCUACAUUUCUCCAAAUUGAGUUUUUGGAUGGAUUGGUCAGGUGGAAUGAAGCGACUGCUGUGGCCUCAGAGGGCCUGCAGACACCUCAGUCUUGCAUUGGGGUUCUUCAACAAGCUGUCGACCAGCUCGGAGAGGAAGUGCUUGGAAAGAACAUUGUGUCUACUAUCAGUACAAGUAAAUACACUAGUGAACUGAUUGGGUUAGAGUACCUGUACCAUCAGACUGGCAAAGCAAUCCAGGACAGUAGAUUUAUCAUUAGACAGAUGGAAACCACUGACGUCCAAGUGGCUAAAAGUGAGGGCUGCUGCAAACUAGAGGACAUUGGGGAUUGGACAAUCGCACAUCAACCUGCCUAA